GUAAAUACAUAUACAACGAGACUUUGAUUGGUACGUUCCAAGUCCCGUUUCGAGUUCCCAUUGGUCGAGCAGGAUGCUGCUAAAUAUGGUUAUAACUACAGCGCCGGUUUGUUUCGUACAGUAAAGAAGAGUGAACUAAUGUACUUAUUUUGUAUAAUGACGUUGACAGGGAGUUAGGUCGCCAUUGGGACAUGAUGUGACAGACUGACUGGAAUAAAGCUGAAUAUCCAUGCGGAUUUAACACUUAUAAACUCCUGGUUGGUAAGUUUUAGCCAUUUAAGCUAAUCACACACCCUCCAUGGCUAAACAAGUCAAUGCAGUUAUUGGCUCAGGCUCAUCUGAAUAGUACAGCAACAUGUACACUUUAGUCACUUCAGAGGAGCCCCAGGAAUCACUAAACACUUCGAUGGAAGUGCCCAUGCCACCACCUCCACCUCCACCACCACCACCCCCACCCCCAGCUCCCAAAGAACCACAGCCCACCCAGAAGAAGCUGUACCAGGCCAUAGCAGAAGGCAGACGGCCAGUGGAGGGCGACCACGCCGAAGCCCGCCUGCUUCUCACCCAGAGGGAGAGCAGUUUUAGGAAAGAUCUCCAGUGGAUCUUAUUCAACAAGUACGUGCCGUCGCUCAUCCAGGAUGGCCCACAGUGCGGUCUGGUGGCCUUGUGGAUGGCAGCCGACCUGCGUCAGCCCGCGCGCCCGGUCGCUAUGGAGAUCAUCGUCGAGACGGCGCUGAAAAGGGGGUACACCGCCCAGGGGGAAAUGUUCUCAGCCCGGGACAUGGCCCUGCUGGCGGGGGAGGUGUGUGGCUGUCGGGCCGACCUCCUGACCGGAGGGAUGGGCGGGGCCAACGCCGCGGCCAUCGUGGCUCACCUGCGCGCUGGGAAGCCGGUCCUCAUCCCAUACGAUGAGGACUUCAACCACGAGCCGUGCCAACGCGGUGGGCACAGAGCGCACUGGGCAGUGGCCUCCGGCGUCCUCCUGGGGGUCCACAGCGUGUGCAGAGACCACGCCCAGCCGGACCCCUCCCUGCCCUGGCUCCACCUGGCCGGCGGCCCCGGGGCCCCCCACCCCCCCACGGAGGCCCCCCCCAGAGAGGUCUACAUCCUGGCCAAGCAGGGCAAGAGCCUGCGCUACCAGCUGUGGCGUCUGGAGACGGUGGCGGAGAGCAACGGCCAGCUGAGGGAGAUGGACCCCAAGAGGAGCGGGGACGGGGCGCGCUACGUGGUCCCCGAGGGCGGGGUGGGGGACGGGCUGGCAGGCCAGGUGGUGCUGCUCCACCCAGGGACCCUGGCGCCGUGAGCAGGUGCCCCCCCCGCCCGGGGGACGCGUGCGGACCGGACGGCCGGUGGGCCGAUGCGGCCGGGUGGGAUUCUGGCGGGACGCGUGCAGCGUAGCGCGGUGGAACCACUGAGGUCACGGGUCCAGAGGCUUAUGGGCCCAGACCAGUGACCUCACUGGGGUUACUGGUGCUGGGGCUCGUGGGCCCAGACCAGUGACCUCACUGGGGUUACUGGUGCAGGGGCUCGUGGGCCCAGACCAGUGACCUCACUGGGGUUACUGGUGCAGGGGCUCGUGGGCCCAGACCAGUGACCUCACUGGGGUUACUGGUGCAGGGGCUCGUGGGCGCAGACCCAACAGGGUCUCCCCGUUCCUGGGCUCUGAUGUUAAAUGACGACGGUUCCAAUCUCUGCCAAUUUGUUUGCUCUGAAAAAGGGUCAAGAGAUGUUAUUUUCUUUAACUCUUGCAGGGGUAUGAAUGCAAUACUGUGAUUACAUUGGGAGAAUAAAUGGUUGAUAACAAAACGAUUCAUUUAUUUUUGUAUAAAGGUUUUGGCUGAAUGAUUGAACUAUCACGGAAUAUAUGGUAGAUUCACAAUAAAUGGGGAGGAGACACAUCUUUUAAGUUCCAGUUUAUUUCAGUCUAUACAAAGCAGAGACCUAAUCAAUUCACAAUUAUGUAUAUUUUGUCCCCUUAGAAGUCACUGCCUUAAAAAAAUACAGCGCGUAGGUAAUGGAUACACAAAGUUAAGACCUCAACCCCUGAAGCCCCGCCCACUUUUCCCCACACUCACUGUCUGAAAACCCGGUCGUCUGUUAGUCGUAAAUCACAAAAAUAAACCGCAAGUGGAGAGGAAAGAUAAUACUUUGUAAACAUUCAACGUUUCCCGGUCUUCAGUGUGUGCUUGGUGGGGAGUUCCCAGAGAAAUAGGAUUCCUCCCAGUAUGCCAGUACUCCCAUUGUGUUGUCUGGAGCCCUUUGUGUCGGGUACCGCCUUGCACAUAUCUUUACAAAGCAGAAGAACACCUGGACACAGUGCCUCAAGACACGUCCAGGGUCAGUCUUUAGGAAGACUCGGAGAGAAUGUUCCCACACACAUUCCGAUCAAGGAAUAUCACGCCCCUUAAAGAUUCCCAAUAGAGCCAUCGAUGUCGUUAUUUUACAAGAUUAUAUCACGUUUGGGCCAUCUCUUGUAAACCAUCAUCUUUUCACAGACUAUACAAAUUAAAAAACCUUUGCAUAUCGAGUCAGGUUUGUAGCUGUGUUGACUCCUUAUAUUUUACACCAUCGCCAAGACACAAAAUGUAUUUUCCAGUUAGAAUUGUAGGCGAAAUGCCCCGUAAAGCCACUAAACAUUUGAAUCUGAUUGUUCCAGUUUACCACUUCAUUACAGCUCAUCAGUUCUUAGCAAAUCCAAUAUCAAUUAAACCAAGUUGAAAAUCUGCAAACCUAUCUCCCGAUCAGCUGAUUAAUGUAUGUGUAAUUACGUAUUACAAUACAGUAAAGGCAGCGCUUGCUUUGUUCAAUGG